CAAAACUUAUUUUGCAAAGCUGCUCUUUCCUGUUUCUCCCAGAAACAAAAUUUAAAGCUUCUUGUUUUGUAAAGAAGAAAAAAACGCUCUUUUCCCUCAAUCAUUCGCCUGCAGAGACUGAGAAGCCACAGCUACUGAGCUACAGUUUCGAGAUGUGCUUCCUUUGCACCGGGGGGGAGCCAAAGAACAGCAGUGAAAAUAAAACCCCUGACAAACGUUUGCAAAACACAAUAGGCAAAGAUUCAAACACGGAGGCAGAAACGGGUUUUAAUUAUACUGUUGUCAGAAAAAGCUACCAAAAAGCAGACUUGUCAGGUUGCGAUUCACGGCGGGCUGGUCGCUCGCCGGCGUUGCCGGGCACAAAAACGGAGCCGCGUAUGAGGAGUUUUACACAGAAGUUGUAGAAUAUUGUCACCAACCCACGCCCACACACCCAGUUUAUUUCACGCUGACAAAAGCUGAGAUGAAUGAGUUGCUGUCUGGCCCUUCCCACUUUGUGUGGCCAUUGGCUGGCCGGGUUCUAAAAAGGAUUUAAAAAAGGGGAAUAAUGUGCGUUUCCCGGGAUGUGAGCCUGGCAGGGAGCUGAGGCGCCGGCCGGGAGCUGCCACCAUGCAGGUCUCCUGGGCUCUGUGCUCCGCCUGUGUCUUCCUACAAAUCGCGUUUUGGUCCGUGGAGGGGUGGCAGAUGUUCAAAAACGACGCGACAGAAAUCAUCCCCGAGGCCGCCGAAAACACGGAGCCGCCCGCGGAGCAGAUCCCCAGCGACAACAACACAAUGAACCGGGCGAAGCACGGAGGGAGACACGUGCAACCAGCGCCAGACCUCAACGACGCUUCCGACUUCAGCUGCAGAGAGAUGCGAACCACCCGCUACCUGAGCGAGGGCUCGUGCCGCAGCGUCAAGCCCGUCAAGGAGCUGGUUUGCUCAGGCCAGUGCGUCCCCUCGCACCUGCUGCCCAACUCCAUCGGCAGGGGGAAGUGGUGGCGGCAGAACGCCCUGGAUUACCGCUGCAUCCCCGCCCACAGCCGCACGCAGCGCGUCCCCUUGGCUUGUCCCGACGGGGAGACUCGGACUUACAAAUUCCGAGCCGUCACGGCCUGCAAAUGCAAGCGCUACACCCGCUACCACAACCAGUCCGAGCUGAAGGACUUCGGCAAAGACACCGUCAGGCCUCAGAAGAACAAGAAGCCCCGUCUCUCCAGGGCCCGGAGCAGCAAAUCGAACCAGCAUGAGUUAGAAAAUGCUUAUUAGAAGGUUGCUCUGAGUGACACGGCCCAGCAGCUCUGGAUAUUUUACAAAACAUCGGGCGGUACGCACUGAUGACAUUGUGACUGCAGUAGGUUCCAACUCCUUCUGCUGAGCUGGGUCACAAGGCUCACGUAGUCAAAAAAGUUAUCAGAUUACAGCAGUUACGGUCUGAUAAGAGAGUGAGAUAAACCGAGCUGGAGGCAGCAACACCUAAGUUGGGUCUGAGAGGAGCUCGGGUGUUCUUGGGAGGUCGUGUGGCUUGUAGGGCAGAGGGAAGCGAAGCUGUUGUGGUGGCAGUCGCGCUUGGUUAGAAGUCGUUCUGCUCACUUUAUGUGAAAAGAACCUCGAGAUCCUUUUCCCACUUUCCUAAGUGCCAGGACAAGCAAGCGAUUGGGCACCACGAGAGCUACUGCUCCGAGCUGUAGAAGUUAGUGGUAGGAAGGACUUCAACAGUUCUGGGGACUGGAGUCAAAUUGCUGGGAAACAAUACCCUGUGGGGUGUCCUUAACCCCGGCUGUUUCCACUAAACACAAAAUAUCAGAGCAGGACACUCGUGUUCUCAAAACAAAAGUGGGGCAAAUCUAGUUCAUACUUUUAAUUAAAAGACUGUAGGGUCAACAGGCUCAAACCUGAGAUUUGACAACUAAAAGCAUAUUUGGUUCAGGGACAAGUAAACACAUUCUACUAAGUGGAGGAGAUUAAUGAAUCAGAUGCUCCUCUCAAACCAGAUAACCUACUGAUGUUUGUCCUGCAAGCAGCUAAUAACGUGCAUAAUUUAACGUAAACCAUACAGGUUAUUCCUUAUUUCCUGGAACACAACAGACUUAGAUGUUUCAAUCUACAUUUUCUGUUCUGUAGAGUCUGGAUUACGCGGCCACACACACUUUGCAGCGCUAAGACCGUGCAAGCCAAGUUCUGGGAGCGAGGUGCUGGCUCUGCGUUCAAAGUGAACCUCUGCUAAUGGCCCAGUCGGGAUCCCUCUAGAAAAGCCUUUGGUAUGUGCAGCUUUACUUAGCUUCUCAACAUUCAGACUAACGUUUGUCUUUUUACAUUAAAGAAUAUUAUUAGGAGGUGAAUCGUCACAGGCUGUAUGUAUCCUGUAGAAUCGCUAAGCCUGGUGUCAGAUAAACACAGUUUGGGAUGGAGACAGUUCCUCACUGCUGUGAUAUUUUAUGUAGCGUUCAUGCUGAAAUCAUAUAAACGAUGGAAUUUGUGAUGGUGAUAGAUUUUUGCGAUUAUUUCGUGUGGGACCAGAGCCUCGAGAGAAAAGGUGAGAUGCCCAGAGAGUCAAUCACGUAUUUAUUUUUCCUCAGAAACUAUUUAUGCAGUGGUUUUCCUUGUAGAGAACGAGCCCUAAUACUGCUUUGAAAACAUUAGUCUGUUAUUUUUAAUUUUAAACACAUUGUUAAUAAAGCAGAAUCAAUGAUUAAUUA